AUGUCUACAGACACCCAGGUUGCUGGUGGCCACAAGGCCAGCAUCAACAACCCCAACACCUCUGAGAAGUCCAAACAGCACAGCAAAGUGAGCCGAAUACCUGCCGGCAAGUCUGAAGGUGACAAGAACCCUAACAAUGUCGCUGGCGGCCUGAAGGCUACCAUCAAUAAUCCCAACAGCUCCGAGGAAGCCAAACAGUCCGCCAAGGAGCGGCUUGAGGGAAUGUACGAAGCUAAUGCUGGAACAUGA